GAGAACGAUUGUUUACCUUUCAGCAAACAGAGAAUAACGAGUGUAAGAGAGAGAGAGAGGAAAUGAGAGAAAAUGGCUUGCUCAAACAUGAGAAAAGUAGAUGGUGAAAACCAGAUGAAUGGACUGACAUGUACAUGUUCAUUCUGCCUGCAACCAGUUCUAAACCUUUGUGUCUCAUAUGCUGUGAAAAGGUGGCUGUUGAAUUCUUUGUAGUAGGUGGGAGGAGCUUUGUCUCCACAGCUGCGUUAAAUUGUUAAUUAGUGGCUCUUUGUUCAGUGUGGCAUCCAACAGCUCAUGGGGAGAUUCAAAGUUGAGUGCUUGAACUUAUACCAUACAACUCUGGCCUCAUGAUUGCCUGAUAAUAAAAUGUUAAGGAACUGGAUUAUUUGGAGCUUCUGUGUUUUAAUGGGCACACCAUCCUGGUAGCACUUUGCCUGAACUAGCCUCUAUCCUUAUCAGUAACUUAUAUGGUCCUUCGAGCCGGAUAGGUUGCUAGGAUGGAUAAAGAUGAUGUGGACCUCAUUAAUGGCAUCAAGAUUAUUUACUCACUCAGCCAAGUGUACCAGCCUGUUUGAUCAUAUGUCUGUGGAGAGGACAAAAGGAGCUUCCAUAUCUGAUACUCAGGCUGAGAUGAGAAUUCUGUCUGAGGAUGUCCAACAAAUUAAGGGAAUGUUAUCAGAACUGGGACAGGCAAUGAGAGCUAUGCAGCUAGGAGGCCAAAGUUCUUUUUCUAUUAGUUCUGAUUACAGUUCUACUAACGCAUCUCCUGUUGUUUACCAGAUUAAGGAGGAUGAUGCUAAUAAAGUUCCUCUUGUCCUUGAAUUGAGUGAAUGUCUAAGACAACAGGAGGCAAAUAGAGAUAUUGAUCCAUCCACAUUACCUCCUCGACUUAGUAGACAAAGUACUCUCCCUCCUCCACCAUGAUCUAUGUUGCCUACACCAUUGCCACCAGAUGGAAGAGUGACAUUAGGGACUGGUUCCUCACAGUGUCUUAAUUUACCUAUGGUAAAUGAGUCUGCUAUUUCUGUUCACUUAAGGGCACAGAAUCCUGUUGUCAUGAAUACGAAUCAAGUUCGUCUGGUAAUGGUCUCCCUUGGCCAUCUCUACAUCAACAGCCAUUAAAUCCAGUUCAUUUGUGUAAUGAUCAAGCAAUACAGAGCUAUGGGCCUAUUUCUAGUCAGAUGCAGAUUAAUGCAUGUUUUCCAUGGAUGCUCCCAAAUUAUCCGGCCCCCUUUCCUUCUUCUGUGUUGUAUACACCUUAUGGUUCAUUUGUCCAUCCAAGUCAUGCUUUUCCAAUGUUAGUACCCUCAUAUAGUCAAGCUCCUUCUAUGCCACCAGCUCAGAUUACAGCAGGUGCUCCUUUUCAGGGGCUUCCACAGAUGGCUACUAGCAGUAAUAUUUAAGCACUUAUGUACGUCGCUCUGGAUAAGGGCGUCUGCCAAAUGAUGUAAAUGUAAUAUUCCCCUAUCUCAGAUGUUGUCAGGUUCUCCACCAAUAGUCCAGAUUGGACUACCUAUACCAGCAUGUGUUCAGACAUCUUCAGCAGUGGGCCCUCCAAGAGUCUCUACAGUGGAAAGACCACCAUUUCCGUAGUCAAAACGCAUGAUUCUCAAGAAUUUGUAAUGCUAAAUAUGGCAUUAAAAAAUUGCUGCCUGUUGAGGAAACUGAACAAUAUAAAUAUAUUAUUUUGGAUCACUUAAAGUUGGAUUCUGCUUGUCAUUUAGCUCUUGCAUAUGCUCAUGAUCCUCAGCCUUACACCACUGCCCUAAAAGCCCUUCAAAUAAAAUAUGGUCAGCCGCAACACUUGGUGUUACAGGAGAUAGCUUCUAUUCAGAGUUUAUGAGCCAUUUGUUCUGGGAUUCUACUGGAUUCAUCCAGUUUGCACUAUGAGACCAGUCUUUAGUAGGUAUGCUUCAGUCAUGGGGGCAGAAUGAAGGAGCUAAUGAAUUGGCAUGUGCUUCUCAUGUUCACCAACUUUUAAGUAAACUUCCAGCAAAUCAUGUCCAACUUUGCUAGACAUGCUCGAGCUGUUCGGCCAGAUGUCCCUUAUAAUUUGGUGGAUUUUGCAAAAUGGCCAGAGGAAGAAGCAGAAUGCCAAAGCUUGGUGGUUCAAGUAUCUGACCAGUCUAAAGGAGCAACAAAGUUUCAAGGUAGAGAUGGGAGACCAUUGAAAUCUUUAUCUUCUACAGCUACCUUUUUGCAGGGUAUUAAUCAGGAGGGAAAUGGGAAGCCAUAUGGAAUAGUUCAUCAACCUAACAAUUCAGAUAGCGAGCAACCAGUAGAACCCAAACCCUUUUGUGGAAGAACCCAUCAUUUGAAUCAGUGUCCUGAGUUCUUACAGUUUGAUGUAAAUGCAAAGAGAAGAUGGAUCUUGGAUAACAAUCGUUGUUGGAGAUGUGGACGGACACAUCAUUCCUCUAAUUGUAAUUUGAAGAGAUGUUGUCUAUCCUGUAAAGAACGUCAUUUAGGAGUCCUUCAUGAAGUUAAUGCUUGUAAAUUUGACUCUGGCAUAUUCUACUUAAGUAAACCGAGUGGCUUAAGUUCUGUGCUUUUGAAGGUGGUGAAAGUCAUUCUGAGUGCUCAAGGAAAGACUUUAGAAACGUAUGCCAUUCUUGAUGAUGGUUCAGAAAAGACCAUGCUUUUGUUGCCUGCUUCGGAGAUGCUGGGCCUUAAUGGGGCGGCUGAGUGUUUGAAGCUGUGAACAAUUCGACAAGGUAUUGAAGAGAUUGAUGGAGCUAAUGUUACCUUUUCUAUCUCUCCAGCAACUCUGAAGCACAGGAAAUAUCAGAUUAAGGCAGCAUUCACAGCUAAGAUGUUGGACUUACCUGAACAGACUUAUCCUAUCCAUACUCUUCAACGAUGUUAUCAACAUCUUCGACAUCCCUCUGGAGGAAUUCCAUCAAGUUAAGCCAUUUGUUAUGCUCUACAGAAAGAGUGGUGCUAGCCCCUCCCGGAAGUCCAGCUGCAUUGCAUACUCGUCUAGGAUGGGUAUUACAAGGACCCAUUCCAUUAGUGCAAGAGACAAGCUCGGUCUCUGUAUCACUUCUUAGCUUCUUCAGCUAAGGAUCAGGUACAAAUGGAUGUACAGUAGAAAGGAUGUGGCAAGUGGAUGUAAUUUCCAUAUGUCCAGAUGUCAAAGAAUACUCACAGAUCAAGGCAAGAUCAGGGGGCUCUUGAGUGUUUGGAGAAGAGAACAGAAUGAGUUGAGGUAAAUGGGGUGGCAAGAUAUGCUACUCCCUUACUUCGAGCUAAACAUGCACCUAAAUUGAAUGCCCCUUUGCAAUCAGUUCUGUCAACAUUAUGUCGUACAGAGCGCUGGCUCAUAAGAAAUCCAGAACAGGCAGCAAUGUAUAACCGAGAUUCAAAGGUUAGAGCAAGCUGUUUAUGUGAAGAAAUUGACUCGAAUGGAAAUAACUUCUGAUGAAUCUUGGUAUAUUCCACAUCAUUUAGUUGAACAUAAUGGAAAACAUCGUUUAGUCUUUGAGAACAUCAAAUUGCAAUCAGUGGUGAUAUUCGGGCCAUGUUCCCCUCAAACAGAGCUAUGGCUGAACCAUGAUUGUAAGGACCCAUGUGAAGGCACUCUUGGUAUGAGCUGGCAUUGUAUGCAGGAUAUAUUGGGAUAUAAGCAUCGCCCUGUGAAAUACAAGAGCUUGACUUUACGAAUCCUGUAUCGUACUCUUGCCUGGCAGUAUGAUCCUUUAGGCUUCAUAAUUCCCUGUACUAUCUGUGCUAAGAUUCUGCUACAGCAAUUGUGGACUAAACCAGCACGAGGAUGGGAUGAUCCAGAUAUUCCUGAAAGUAUUAAAGCAAAAUGGACAGCCUGGGAAAGGGAACUAUUCUGUGAUGCUUCAUAGCAGGCUUAUGGAGCUGUUGCUUAUCUUCGUCUGUCAAAUGGUUAUAGAGUUCAUACCUAAUUUGUUAUGGCCCGAUCCAGAGUAGCUCCAAAAAAGACAAUUUCUGUUCCACACUUGGAAUUAUGUGCUGCUCUGUCUGGAUCUCAGUUGGCAAAUCUUCUAAUAAAGGAGCUUUCUGUGCCCAUUCAUCAAGUCACCCUCUGGUCUGAUUUGACUACAGUUUUAACAUGGAUCUGCUCUGAGUCUUGUUGUUAUAAGGUGUUCGUGGCUAACCGUAUAACAGAGAUUUUGGAGCAUACUACACCUGAGCAGUGGCGAUAUGUGGAUACUGGAAAUAAUCCAGCUGAUGACAUUACUAGAGGGAAAAAACUUGUAGAGCUAACUCCCACUAGUCGUUGGUUCCAAGGUCCCCCUUUCCUUACUUUAUCUCCUCAUCAGUGGCCAAAGUCCUUAAGUCUAUUUUCUGAUGUGUCAACUGAAUUGAGAAAAUCUUUGUUCUGUGGCCAAACCCAAGUUGACCUGACUCUUUCUAAAUUGAAACCUUCUCAGGUUAAUACUUGGGCAGAGCUGAUCACACAUACAAUCAAGGACUUCUCACCUGGCUCAUCAUCAGAAAACAGAAUGAGUCAGACUCAGGCAGAGUUAUUACUCCUUCGUUUUGCACAAGAAAAGGAUUUUUCUGAGCAGUACAAGUUACUCAAUUCAGGUCAGGAUGUUCCUAAACAGAGUCGACUUGCUGAAUUAUCCCCUGAAUAUGACCCUGUUGUACGCCUUAUAAGAGUGGGAGGUCGUCUUCGUCAAAGUAAGGAGCUGGAAUCAGAUGUUAUCCAUCCCAUCAUUUUGGAUCCAAAGAAUCCAAUUACUAAACUUUUAAUUGCAGAUCUAGAUUCAAUUCUGUGCCAUCCAGGACCACAAAGGGUCUUUGUCCAACUUCAAAGGAAAUAUUGGGUUCUACGUGGACGGCAGGCAGUAAAGUCAGUCCAACGGUCAUGUCAAGAAUGUAGGAAGUGGAAAGGUUCUCCUUCAAUCCCUAGAAUGGCUGAUCUUCCUCCCUCUAGACUUCGUCUCUUUAAGCCUCCAUUUUGGUCAACAGGAAUGGACUGCUUUGGCCCCUUUAGUGUUAAAGUGGGCCGUAGACAUGAGAAAUGUUGGGGUCUUCUAUUCAAAUGCCAAACAACACAAUGUAUUCAUCUUGAAUUGCUGUCUGGUUUGGAUACAGUUAGUUUUCUAUUAGCCCUCUGGCAUUUUAUAGCUCACAGAGGUAGGCCCUAUGAACUCAUAUCAGACCAAGGAACUAAUUUUCAAGGAGGGGAGAGAGAACUUAGAGAGGAAUUUAAUUGUCUCUGCCCGGCCCUUCAGGAUUUACUUUCAAAGCAGCAGAUUGUUUUGUUUCAAUCCUCCAUAUUCUCCACAUUUUGGAGGUUGUUGGGAAAGAGAGAUCAGAUCUAUUAAAGCAGCUCUACGAGUAACACUGAGUACACAAGUGUUUCCAGAAGAGGUUCUACAUACUGUCCUGAUUGGACUUGUCUUGGAUAUGUCUCUAAUAUUUCAGACCCUGAUCCAAUAACUCCAAAAAUACUCUUGAUGGGGUGGCGAGAUGCUUCCCUUCCGCAGGUGAUUUAUGCAGAUUCUGAGCUGCUCACACAUAGGAAACUUUCUCAAGAUGGCGCCUGUGUGUUGGGCCUGCCGUCUGUCUGUUCUCGUGUUUGUGUUUGGUUGUCUGCUUUGUUCUUAAACUGCUACUCGCUUUUUACCUACGACCGCCAAGCACUGCUGGAUAUCCAAAAAUCUGUUGCUAAAUCUCUCACCAACCAAUACACCUCUGAGUUGGACUGCUUUUUCAACCAUACAUACAAGUCCAUUAAACCGCCUUUACCUGAAUGUUUUCGCCGGUGGCCCCUCAACAUCACCAGGAGAACGCGAAGAAGGAAACGGGCAAACCACGGAGGUUACAUCGUGAAGCUAAAAGCUCAACUGCGGGCGAACUUUCUUGGGGAUCCUUCCUAUGAACCGAUGUAUGCGCUUCGGCGCCUGCUAGAUAUGUCACACAGGUGCCUUUGUUUUGUCUCACCCUCGCACCCAAGCCCUGAUCAUUACCAUGCUUGCCGUGCCGGUAUCCACCUAAUUGGUCUCGGCUCCUGGGGUCGAGGAGUUACACACAACAAUCUGCAUGAGCUGGAAAGAGCGCCCUCUUCACCUAUUACCAUCUCCUCACCGAAGGUGGCAUUAUUAAAUGCCCGUUCGCUGGUGAAUAAGACUUUUUUUAUUAAAUGACAUCUACUCUUCCCACAACCUGGACUUUAUGUUUAUCACUGAAUCCUGGAUAAAGGUUGGUGAUUUAACGCCGUUUUCUGACCUGAUCCCUGCAGAUUGUUCAUUUUUUAACACGCCUCGUCCGAGCGGACGCGGAGGGGGCAUAGUUACCAUCUUAAAGAGCUCUCUAUCUGAACGCUGUUGUCUAACUCCGAUUAUGACAUUUACCAGCUUUGAAGUUCAGAUACUUCAUUUAGACUGGAAUGGUCCGGUUUGUUUAGGGGUGAUCUAUCAUCCUCCACAUUUGACCACGGACUUUAUACAGCAUCUCACUGAACUAAUUGGCAAUAUUGCUGUGAGUUAUGAUCGCUUUUUAUUGGUGGGCGAUUUUAACGUGCAUGUUUGCUGUCCAUCUAUCCCCCUUUCACAUGACCUUUUGAACUUGCUCGAAACGUUUAACCUAUCCCAGUGGACCUGUGACCCCACCCACAUCCAGGGACAUACGCUUGACCUGGUUCUAUCUUAUGGACUUGAUGUGGCUGAUAUUGUGCUUUCUGAUACUAUGAUCUCAGAUCAUAAGCUUAUAUUAUUCUCCCUGUCUCUUCCAGUCAUCUCUCACUCUUCAAAUACGUCUGAAAAUGUUUCAUGUUUUUAUUCUCUACAGUUUAGCACUAAUUUUAACUUGUAUUUUGUGAAAUGCUGCUCACAGUUGCUCCUGGAGCAGCCAUUACCUGACUUGGAUGCUGACCAACAUCUUGGAGUCUUAAACUCUGUCUGGCUUGAGAUUGCAAAUGCAACUGCUCCUCUCAAACCUUGCAAGAAAUAAUUAAAAUCUGAAGUUUGGCAAAACGCUGAGUCUCGUCUCCAAAGACAACUCUGCAGAAAGGCAGAACGUAAAUGGAAAAAGGACAGGCUGCAUGUUUCUCUUCAGAUAUUCAGAGACUCUCUUACAUCUUACCAGACUAUAGCCAAAUCUGCGAAAGCCGCUUAUUUCUCUUCUUUAAUUGAAAGGAACCACUCUAAACCUAAGGUUUUGUUUUCUAUCAUUAAAUCUGUGACAAAUCCUGUUAAAUCUAUGCCUGUUGCCUCUGUUGCUGUCUGUGAAGGUUUCUCAAGAUUUUUUAGUGACAAAAUCACUAAACUAAGGCUGUGUUCGCCCCACUAUAACUCCUCCCCAAUCACGUCAGAGGUAUCUGCAUUUUUUUAACGCUUUUGAGCUCAUCAACCUCCAGCAACUGAAGGAGGUGAUUGAAAAGCUCAAACCCUCAUUUUGUCCCAGUGACAUAAUUCACCCAAAAUUUUUAAAACAAAUCUUUCACUCAAUUGGUCCAGGCCUGCUGUCUUUCAUCAACAAGUGCCUGCAAACUGGCUCAGUCCCUGCCAACCUUAAGGUUGCCACUGUUACUCCCUUGCUCAAGAAGCCUUCAUUGGACCCCUCUAUUAAAAAAAAAACUUUCGACCUAUCUUACCUUGCCUUUCAUGUCAAAAAUUCUGGAGAAAAUUGUGCUAAAUCAACUUCAAAGUUUUCUGAAUAACAAUUGUAUCUAUGAGCUUUUUCAAUCGGGUUUUAAGUCUGCUCACAGUACUGAGUCUGCCCUUUUGAGAGUUUUAAAUGACAUUUAUCUUUCUACGGACUCCGGAGAUUCUGUGGUUCUUAUUCUUUUAGAUUUAUCUGCUGCUUUUGAUACCAUAGACCACUCCUUCUUAUUAUCGAGGCUUGAGACCUGGGUAGGUCUAAAAGCAAAUGUCUUGAGCUGGUUUCAGUCAUACCUGACUGACAGAAAAUUCAUAGUGAAACUGGGUAACUUUUCCUCCGCCCCUGCCGCACUGUCCUAUGGCCUUCCACAAGGCUCUAUUUUAGCUUCUUCUCUAUUUUCGUUAUAUAUGCUACCCCUGGGCUCUAUUUUCCGGAAACAUGGUGUAUCCUUUCACUUCUAUGCUGAUGACACCCAAAUCUACUUACCAAUUAGGAAAAACAAUCCUUCAUCAAUCUCAUCACUUCCAAAAUGUUUAGAAGAGGUUAAAUUUUGGCUGGCACAAAAUUUCCAGUUUUUUAAUGAAGAAAAGACUGAGGUAAUAGUGUUUAGCCCAAAUGAGAACUCUCAGUCCUCAAGCAUCAACCUAGAGAGUUUAUCUGUUUUUAGAUCUUCACAGGUGCAGAAUCUUGGCAUCUUUAUUGAUCAGCACUUAAAAUUUGACAAACACAUCUCGUCUGUUAUUGGGUCUUACCAAAUCUAAACACUUAAACACUUUCUUACCCCUAAGACCUUAGAAAUGGCUGUUCAUGCAUUUAUUACCUCUCACUUAGACUACUGUAACUCUUUAUAUUGCGGUAUAUCUAAAACUCAGAUUACGUAUCUCCAGCUCGUUCAAAAUGCUGCUGCCAGAUUUCUCUCUAGUUGUCGCAAAUAUGAACACAUCACUCCCAUUCUCAAAUCUCUACACUGGCUGCUGAUUUCUCAGAGAAUAGAUUUUAAGAUUUUACUCUUUGUCUAUAAAUCUCUCCAUAAUACUGCUCCUAUCUACCUAUCUGAACUUCUUCAUCCCUACUUUCCUAUUAGAAGUCUUCGUUCAUCUGACCAGGCUAUGUUGGUUUUCCCUCGUGUACGGCUCAAGCCGUCAAACGAACUGUGAAGCACUUUGGUCAGCCAUGUGGCUGUUUGUAAAUGUGCUAUACAAAUAAAUUUGAACUUGAAAUGGAGGCAUAGCCAAGUUCUUGCUGACAGAUUUUGGGCAAGCUUUAUUAGAGACUAUCUACCUAGUUUACAGACUCACCAGAAAUGGAAGGAGGAUGGAAAGUCUAUUCUGUGUGAUGCUGUAGUGAUGGUAGUUGAUCCUCAACUCCCACGAGGACUUUGGCCUAAAGGAACUGUCACAAAGGUCCUACCAAGUUCUGAUGUGAAUGUGCUUAUUGAUGGUAAACUAUGUACGUCCAGUCAGCCGUUUGGUAGUUUUAAAGGAGUAUGGGGUGGCUGUUGAAUUCUUUGUAGUAGGGUGGGAGGAGCUUUGUCUCCACAGCUGCGUUAAAUUGUUAAUUAGUGGCUCUUUGUUCAGUGUGGCAUCCAACAGCUCAUGGGGAGAUUCAAAGUUGAGUGCUUGAACUUGUAAGUUUAUAUUAUAUUAAUUUCUGUAUUUCUUUAAAUAUAUUUGAGUUAUGUAAUGCUUAGUAUUAUUGUUUGCUUCAUAUUUGCAAUUUUUGUGAUUGAUUGAUUUGUUAUGUGUUUAAAAUUCUAAAAUGUUGUUUUAUUUGAUUUAGAUACCAUACAACUUUGGUCUCAUGAUUGCCUGAUAAUAAAAUGUUAAGGAACUGGAUUAUUUGGAGCUUCUGUGUUUUAAUGGGCACACCAUUCUGGUAGCACUUUGCCUGAACUAGCCUCUAUCCUUAUCAGUAACUUGCACUAACCUCAUUUAAGCCAAGAUACAAACUGCUGGCAGGACAGUUACAUGCCCAUGUCUCUCAGUAGGACCGGAAGAUGGAAAGGGAGUAAGGAGAGGUGGAAAGGAGAG